AUGCAUUCUUCGUCGGCGGCGGCGUCGGCGUCGUCGUCGAAUGCGCUUGUGGAAUACUCGGAUGUGAGUUCUGAGGAUUUCUCCGAUCCCGAGGCUGGUGAAAUCGACUCCGACGCGGCAUUAGCAGGCCGCGGCGGUUCGGCAACGAAAUCAGCAAAUCAAACUAAAAAACCAACUUCGGAUUCCGUCUUACGUAUCACAAAAACCAAUGACUACAGGAAGAGACGUAUCGAAGGCAAUGAAGACAUUGCUUCAAUUACGACAGCUGCUGAGUCGAGAUCGCGCAUUUCUGUUGUUGCAAGCGGCAGCAAUCGAUUAAGCAUUGCAUCAGUCUCUGAGAAACUCAAUCAUCAUCGCUCCGACAUCUCUUUAAGCUCGCCCAGCAAAAUUUCAAAAGAGGAACAGUGGGAUGGGGAACUGUACAUGUCCAGCGAUUCGAUAGAUACUGAUGAGCUUGAAGCUGAAAUGAAACGGCAGAAACGUAAAAAGCUGAAGAAGGAUAAGCACAAACACAAGUCGAAAAAGAAAUCGAAGAAGCGCAAGAAAAAGCGUGCCAAAUCAUACUCGAGCAUCGAUUCGCUGUCCGACAGCAACCUGAACACAUUAAUGGCAGAUAGACGUAGUCGCUAUACGCCACCAACGGCACCAAAUAGUCGAGCCAAGAGUGCCGAGCGCACAGUUAGCGCUGCCCUGCCCAAUUAUACGCCACACAAAGACAGUCAAAGUAGUCCCAUAUCAGCUGGCACUCCGCCUGCCCGACGCCCCAACAGCAAUAAUGCUUAUUAUGGCGAUGCUGCUGUGGCGGCUGCUGCGACGGCAAGUACACCCAUUGGGAGCAGCCUUCAAGUGACUGUAACGAACAAAACCAAUGCAAAUAGUCGUCAUCGUUCGCCUCCAAUACGCGCUGGUGGCGGCGGGGGCGGAGGAGCUAUGCAGCGCUAUGCCUCGUCGCCACGCACUCCGCCACAGUCACUAAGUCAUUCUCAUCAGGGCGCAGGAAGUGCACGUGACUCGCGCAGCUCUCGCUAUGUUCAAAGUCCCCUAAAGGAAGACAUUAAUGCUCAUCACCGGUCGUCAGGUAAUACGUAUUCAGGUCGCUACUCGGCAAGUGGAUCAGUUGCUGGGCAAGGCGGUAAACUCAAGCGCUUGUCACCGGAAAUGGACCGCUAUCACCAUCAGCCGAGCACGCCACCGCACAAACGACGAAAGUUCAGCGAUGGACGUGAUGCAUCUGUGGGAGCUUACGAACAUAGCAGGCACCAUGCUGUUAAAUAUGAUCGCUACAGCAGAGAUCGCUAUUCGCGUCGGAUAUCUAAGAGUCCUAGUGUACAUCGAUUAUCGCGUGGUCGUCUAUCGCCAAGUGGAGGAGGAGCCACAUCGGGGAGCAGUAAUUCAAAUAUGUAUCGCCAUAGUAAUAGCAGUAGUCAUAAACACAGCAAAUAUGGAGCUCCUCAUUCUCCUUCACCUCCAAUGUCAGCGCGAUCGUCUUCCAAACGCGCCUCUGGCAGCGGCAUGGGCAUUUCCGUCGAACGCUACGCAUCGCGUUCACCACGCCCCAGCUCACGGUACUAUGAAUCAUCGCCACCAUCACCUGCUGGUGUAUCGGGGUCGAGCUCUCACCACCAUCGACGCUCACCAAGGUCCCAUCAGCAGCAUCAUCGAAACAGCAGCCGCAAACGUUCUCCAAGCUCGGGAAGCAGUCGAAGCUCAAGCCCACGCUCAAGAUCGCCAACAUCGAGAGAUCUUAAGCAUAAACGCGAUGAAUACAUUAAGAAGAUCAGCGAAACAAGCUUGUUUGCUGAAUUGGUCAAGGAUCGCCAUAAGCGGCAAAAGGCGCUUAAAGAGAUUAUUGAACGACAGGAGGAGAAUAGCAACAGCAAUGGUGCACUGACCAUCAAUGAGAACAGCUCAUCAGUCGAUGGCAACACGCCCAAUGUGGGUGACAAUCGCUCAUCAUCAUAUUUGGCGACACAAUCCUCAGCGAAUGCGACACCAAAUGGCAUCGCUAGCGGUGGUGGAGGUGGCGGUAAAACUGAUUUGGACUUGAACAACAUUCCAAUGCCCAACCGAGAGAAUGAGACACUACUAAAGCUUAAUCCCCAUAUUGCAAAUGCAGAUGUCACGGAUGCCUCUCCAACGACAACAACAACAUCGACAAUGACAAUGGCCCUGAAAACUAACGCAAGUCAGAAACCGAAGAGUCUAACAGCGUUGCCCAUGCCACCCGGAAUGAGUGCAGCCGACUUGGUGAAUGCAGCACACACGCCGUCGCCAACGGAUUUGGGCAAGCAAUCGACGCCAAAGUCGAUGAAAAAGUUGUCGUCCGAUGAAAAGAAUCUUACAGCGAAUGCCAAUGCCAACAAGAGCCUUUUGAAUUUGCCAAUGCCACCGGUUAUACCGGGCAGCGAGGAAUUGAGUGGCGAUGAUGAUGUCAUAGACAGUCCUGAAGAUUUCGAUACGCCCAGUGGCAACAGCACGAAUCCCAAUGCGAACACAAAUGCAACGCAAGCAGGUGGACGUCGCCGUCCCGUUAUACUUAAUCGUCGCGACUCUCGUAACAAUGUUCGCGAUUGGGGUGAACGAUGUGUAGAUGUGUUUGAGGUGAUCGCCCAGAUUGGAGAGGGUACAUAUGGACAGGUGUACAAGGCGCGAGAUCAUCAUACAAACGAUAUGGUGGCACUGAAAAAAGUGCGUCUGGAGCAUGAAAAGGAAGGUUUCCCCAUAACGGCUGUGCGCGAAAUCAAAAUACUUAGACAACUAAAUCAUCGUAACAUUGUGAAUUUGCAUGAGAUCGUAACGGACAAACAAGAUGCUGUUGAGUUUCGCAAGGAUAAGGGAUCGUUUUACUUGGUUUUUGAGUACAUGGAUCACGAUCUCAUGGGUCUGCUCGAGUCUGGAAUGGUAGACUUUAACGAGGAAAACAAUGCGAGCAUUAUGAAACAGCUAUUGGACGGUCUUAAUUACUGCCAUAAAAAGAAUUUUCUUCAUCGCGAUAUUAAAUGUUCCAAUAUCCUGAUGAACAACCAGUAUGCUCGCGAUACCUUUUUCAUAAUUCUUUAAUGUAUAAUUUCGAUUUUUUGCUUUUAGGGGCAAGUAAAACUGGCUGAUUUCGGCUUGGCUCGUUUGUACAACGCGGAUGAUCGAGAACGUCCUUAUACGAACAAAGUCAUAACGCUUUGGUAUCGUCCACCGGAGUUGCUGCUCGGCGAGGAGCGUUAUGGGCCGUCGAUAGACGUUUGGUCUUGUGGUUGCAUAUUGGGUGAAUUGUUUCUAAAGCGUCCGCUGUUUCAAGCAAAUGCGGAAAUGGCGCAACUGGAAACUAUAUCGAAAAUAUGUGGUUCACCAAUUCCUGCCGUUUGGCCUAAUGUAAUAAAGUUACCCCUAUUUCAUACACUUAAGCAGAAGAAAACGCAUCGGCGACGCUUGCGAGAAGAUUUUGAAUUUAUGCCAGCGUCGGCUCUUGACCUGCUUGACAAAAUGCUAGACUUGGAUCCGGACAAACGCAUUACUGCGGAGGAUGCACUCCGGUCUCCAUGGCUCAAGAAUAUCAAUCCGGAUGAAAUGCCAACGCCACAAUUGCCCACUUGGCAGGACUGCCAUGAACUGUGGAGCAAGAAGAGGCGUCGCCAGCUGCGCGAACAACAAGAGUCGCUGCCACCAGGUGUAAUUUGCUCUGCCAAGUACCAACAACACGGUGCUGCGAUGGUGGGGGAUGCCUAGCAUUUACUAUAUGCUUCAUGCUUCAAUGAAGGGGAAGACUAUAAACAGCGAGAGGUGGAGUAUGCCUGGUGGCAAAGUUAAUAUCGAAGUUUGUAACGAAAUUACAAAUAGUUCGCAGUUGGCAGUUAAGCAGGUGCAGACUCAAAUCGGGUUGACAUGCUCUACCAAAGCACUCUUAUUGUUUAAGUCAUCUCUUAAAAGAAAAAACAACACGAUUAACUUAGAUCAUACUUAUAUAUAUACAUAUAUAUAUAAAUAUAUUAGUGAUGAAUUGCUACAAUACGGGCAUUUCAAAUUGACCGCUGUAUAAUAUUGUAAAAUGUAUAUACCAUUUGCUGCUAUAUUCAAAACAAUUAAUAUAUUAAAGCAUCAUCUGUUCAUUAUUUUUUAUGUUUAGAGUAAUAUUUUACAAUCCACAAUUUUACAUACGCAAAUUGGCAAUAAAAAAGAGCAUGAGAAAUAACACACUUAACCAAUGUGUACCAAAUUUAAUUCCUUUGUUCAAUUUCUUUGAAUAGAAAAACGAUUGACCAAUUGAUGCAAUUAGUUUCUGUUUAUUUUAACGAAAACGAAAAAUCGGCAAAAAUAGAAAACAGUGCUUAGUUUCAAAAUAAAAGCGGAAAUGUGAAGCAGUUAAAGGUUAGCAUUUUAAAACUAAAUAAAUUGUUAUAUAAACUUACUUAUGUGUAUAUAAAAAUAUAUAUACAUAUAUAUACUAAUUUAAGUUAGUAGUAAUAGUAUUAAUUAGUAUAGCAACAUAUGCAUGUUGUACGAAUAAAACUAUAAUGAUUAUUUUGUUAGGUAUUUAAAUUAAAAUGUAAAGUUACAAUUGAAUUUAUCAAAGUAAAUGUGUACUAAAAGCACCCAAA